UUUGAACCUGCCCUCCACCUAGUCUUUAUCAUCAUCUCUGUUUUUUCUCCUACCACUUUCAUUCCUCUUACUCUAUCCCCUGUUUUUCUUUCUGGGUUUUUCUUAGAAAUCAACAAAAACUUAAAAUUUGUGUAAUCCAAAUCCAAAAAAAAACUAGAAAAAAUGGGUGAAGAAGAGCUGAAGAAAGUAGAAGAAGAGAAAGUUGAAAAUGUUGAAGAAACUUCAAAAGAUGUUGCUGAAGAAAAGAGUUUGAUUCCUGUUUCUGAUCACAAAGAUUCUGACUUCAAGCCUUCCUCUGCUGAUGAAAAGGCUAUAGUACCAGUAACAAUACCUCCACCACCUCCACAACCUGAGAAAAAACCUUCAGGAGGUUCAAUUGACAGAGAUGUUGUGAUGGCACAAGUUGAGCAGGAUAAGAAAUUGGCCCUUGUCAAAGCAUGGGAAGAAAGUGAGAAAUCCAAGGCAGAAAACAAGGCAUGUAAAAAGCUGUCAGACAUAGAAUCUUGGGAAAAGACCAAGAAAGCAACAAUAGAAGCUCAACUCAGACAAAUUGAGGAAAAGUUGGAGAAAAAGAAGGCAGAAUACGCGGAGAAGAUGAAAAACAAGGUGGCAGAAGUUCACAAAUUAGCUGAAGAAAAGAAAGCAAUGGUUGAAGCUGCAAAAGGAGAAGAACUUCUGAAAGCAGAAGAAUGUGCUGCUAAAUACCGUGUUACUGGCAACAUACCCAAGAAGCUCCUUGGAUGCUUUUAGCUGCUGAUUAGUUCUCUAGUACAGAUAAAUUGGCAGUAAUUGUGUAAUUUAUUUACUUUUAAGGUUUAAUUUUGGAAAUUGUUUGGUGUCUGGAUUUUGGUUUGUCAAUGUGUACAGCAAGGUUUUUGUCUAGUGUAUAAGUUGAUUAUAAGUACAUUGUGCGCCGUGUUUGGCUAUUUGCCCACAAAUGGGGGUAAAUUAGAUCUUCUAUUUUUACUAUUUUCACUUUUA